AUGUCCUUGAGAACAGCAGGAAGUGUGUUGGUGGUCUUUCUCUGGUCUGUAGCAGGUCUUCAGGUGAAGGUGACUGGUGGACAUCAGGAUAAGACACUGACCUGUAGCACCACCUGUACUCUGACUGACAACCCCACCUACAUCUGGUACAAGAACGGACACAAAGUAAAGGAGGACACUUCCAGCCUGUACUCAGACUCCUUUAGUGAUGCAGACAGUUACUCCUGUGCUGUAAAAGGCCAUGAGGAUCUCCUCUCUCCUGCAGUGUGUCAGAAGUGUUGGAGUGUGACUUACACCCAUCAGAGUAUCUGUACCUUGAAGGGGUCAACAGUGAACAUAUCCUGCUCUUACACAUAUCCCAGUUAUCAUGAGAUCAAACAAGCUUUCUGGUUUACUAAAUGGUCUGGUAUGGAGGCUGAAGAUCUGAGCUCAGUGCCAGGGUAUGAGGGUCAUAUAGAGUACCUUGGGGAUAAGGAGAGUGACUGUACCCUGAGAAUCACAGACCUGAGAUUGAGAGACUCUGCUGGGUACAGAUUCAGAUUGAUAACAUCAGGAGAUACGUUUGCUGGCUCACCUGUCUCCCUGACUGUCACAGAUGUUGUGUUGGAGAUGGAUCCUACAUCUGUGUCAGAGGGGGAGAAUGUCACAUUGAGAUGUAGAACCAAAUGUACACUGGACCCCAUCACAGUCUACAGUUGGUAUAAGAAUGGACAGUCUGUACCAAACAGCAACACCUCCUCUCCUGUCUAUAUCCUUUUCUCAGUCAGCAGUGAGGAUACAGGCAGAUACUCCUGUUCUGUAGGACAUGAGGAUCUCCCCUCUGCUGAAGAGACUCUCACUGUCACAUAUGGACCAAAGAGCACCUCAGUGUCAGUUAGUCCCUCUGGUGAAAUAGUGGAGGGCAGUUCAGUGACUCUGACCUGCAGCAGUGAUGCCAACCCACCUGUGGACAAAUACACCUGGUACAAGAAGAACGUAACCUCACCAAAAGCAUCAGGACAGAGUUACAGCAUCACUAACAUCAUCUCUGAGGACAGAGGAGAAUACUACUGUGAAGCUAGAAACAUUAAAGGGACAGAGACUUCCAUCCCUGUCCAUAUUAAUGUCAUGUCAGUGUUUCCCUGGGUUCCUGUAAUGGGGGUGGGGGCUGUCCUGACUGCUGGAGCUCUGCUCCUCACCAUCUACUGCACUCUGAAGAGGAGAUCCACAGGAGGAAGUGAUGCCACAGCAGACACACAGAGUGUCCAUCAUGACCCUAACAGUGACACGUACACAGGUCUGAACAUGAGGACCAUGUCACCAGAGUGACACCUGGCUGG